AUGAGUACCACUACCAACCAACCAAUCAAGCAUGUCCCUAUCACCUCCCGUGAUAUUUUAUGGUACAUUCCAAAUAAAAUCGGUUAUUCAAGAGUUAUUUUAGCCAUUAUCUCUUUUAUAACUAUGCCAAUUUCUGUGGAGAUUACCUGGUUCGCUUAUACCGCUUCCUGUCUUCUAGAUGCUGUGGAUGGAACAAUGGCACGUAAAUAUAACCAAACUAGUCGUCUUGGUGCAGUUCUAGAUAUGGUUACUGAUCGUUCCACAACCGCUGGUUUAAUCUGUUUUUUGUGUAAAGUCUGGCCAUCUAUGUGUGUUCCAUUACAAGUCUUAUUGGGUAUCGACAUUUCCAGUCAUUAUAUGCACAUGUAUGCAACAUUAAGUGCAGGUGAGAAUUCUCAUAAGAAUGUCUCAGCCGAAAGCAGUAAACUUUUACAUCUUUAUUACACCAACAGAAAAUUCUUAUUCAUCAUUUGUUUCUUACAUGAAAUGUGGUACUGUGCUUUGUACUUGAUGGCCUUUCGCCGUUAUUACACAAUUGGUUACGUAUGUUUAAUUAUUAGUACUCCAGGUUUCAUUUUCAAGCAAGUCACCAAUAUAAUUCAAUUGAUUAGAGCUGCGUUAAUCUUAGCUGAUGAAGAUGCUGCAGAGGUAAAUAAGUGUACCAAUAAGGGAGAAUAG